AAAGAAUGUUAAACCACUGAGUUUAGCUGUUGCCUUCAAGCUCCUUACCGUCACAUCUUCUUGUUCAAUUGCCGGCUGUCCAUUUAGCUCAGAGACUCAGUGAGUCUAAGCAAUCAUAAAAAAAAUCCAAAAAUGGUGGCUGAGUUGAAGUACGAGAUCUCACAGAACGCUUACAUAAAAUUGGUUCUACAUGCUCUGAAGCACAAGACCACGGCGGUCAACGGCAUCUUACUCGGCCGAGUCAACCCACAAAAUGAUAGCGUUGUUGAGAUCACUGACUCAGUCCCUCUAUUUCACUCUAAUCUUGCCUUGUUGCCUUCCCUCGAGAUCGCCCUCAUCAUGAUAGAGGAGCAUUAUGGAUCUAAGGGCUUGGGAAUUGUGGGUUAUUUCCAUGCAAAUGAGAGAUUUGAUGAUGCAGAGCUAGGCAUUGUUGCAAAGAAUAUCGGUGAUCAUAUUUGCCGGUACUUCCCUCAAGCUGCCAUUUUCUUGUUGGAUAACAAAAAGCUUGAAGCUUUGCCCAUGGGGAAAGACCAAAGCCCUGUGAUGCAGCUUUACAUAAGGGAUGCAUCCAAGAAUUGGAAACUGGCUGGACCGGAUGGAGGCAGCCGAUUGGUAAUUAAGGAGCCAGCGGCUAAUGCUGUUUUAUCGGAUUACAUUUCAUCCGAGAAAUGGCAGGAUGUUGUAGAUUUCGAUGACCACCUUGACGACAUUAAGAAGGACUGGCUUAACCCGGAACUCUUCAAAUAAGAUCCUUUGAUUGGUAGCUUGAAGCAGACAAUGAAUUCGACAAACCAAUGGAGAUUUUGUUGUGAUUAUCGGUUAUAAAGCUUGAGAAGAUGCGGUCGAUGUUUCUUAAGCAAAACACGAGCUUUUUAAGACAAUUGUUUUAGAACUUGUUAGUGGAAUGCAAAGCCAUUCUAUGUUUUUAAUUUACUGCAAGUCCUUUCGAAUCUAGCGAUUGAGGAUAUUAAUGUAUGAUGAAAUCAUUGACCCUUUCAUUUUAGGAAGGCUUAAAGUGUCAA